AUGUCACCAAUUCCGUUACUUGUGAGCAAAAAGGAAUUUCCGAGUGAAAAACUAAUCCUGGGAAAGAAACAAACAAUAGAAGCGAUUCAGGAAUGGGUUGAUAUGGAAAAUGUGGAGGAUGGUAGCAAUGAUGAUAAAGAUCACGAAGAAGAUAUUAAUAUAAUAAAAAAAUUA